UUAUUUACAUUGGGAGGCAGUUUCCAAGUUAUUGUAUCACUUAAAGGCAGUUGUUGCUAGUGGGGCAGUUUCAAUGGGAAAUGACUUAAAUUGCCCUCCAGGAAACCGUAACCAGAAUCAGUAUUCUCUUCCAUUAGUUAGAUGGGCUUUUGAAAUUUGAAAUUCAAAAUUCCCAGCUGGGCCCCGUCGAUUUUAAGUGAGCGGUUUAAUUGUGUCGUAAAAUCUUUUAUUUUUCACUCUUGCUUUCACGUUUAACGAGGGCUGGUGUGAGAAAACCUAAAAGCGAUUGAAAGGGUGAUUUCCGGGGGAGAAAAAGUGAACGGCACGAUGUCGAAGCGGCGAAGUAUACGUGGGGAAGAGACGGGGGCAGCGAACGCGAGCGCACGGAGGCGGAGCCUUCGUGGGAAAGAAAUUGCUGAGGGUAAAUUUUUUUUUUUAAACGCACCCCCGCCGCUGUCAAGUUUCCUUGGGUUUGAUUUUUUACUUUUUUCUUUCUCACUCGGUACAGAUUCGACGGAGGUGGAGGACGUUAAAGAAAGUCUACCCGGAAGGCUAUUUGCAACAGACCGCUUUCCUAGUGAGAGGGUUAAUACGUAUUCGACCACAGAUUUCCUGCUUUGUGUCAGGGAUUUGCUUAAGGGUAGUGUUGAAAUGGGGCAAAUAUUGGGCUCUUGCUUCGGGAGGCUGUUUAGUUUGCCUGUACGCCGGAUGUUGGCGGGUAAAGUGGUUCACGGGAUGUUGACAAGGCAAGUCGUCACGAAGAAGAAGUACGAACUGUGGCCGGUGUUUGGAGGGAAACCUUUCAGGUUCUCGUUGGUGGAAUUUGGGGAAGUAACUGGGUUGCCCUGUGGUGAGUUUGAAGAAGGCUACAGUAUCGACUACGAGUUGCCUCAGACAGAGGAGAACUACACGUACUGGGAGAAAUUGAUCGGUCCAGACCGUGAUUUACUAGUUGAAGAUCUCGUUAGGAUGGUUUCAGACGAAGCAGAGAUGCCGGGUUGGAGGAAAUUGCGUCUGUGUUUGAUUAUAAUUGUCGAUGGUGUGCUUGUUCCGAACGCGCAAAAACCGAAGCCUAGUCUGAAGCAUGUGAAUUUGGUGAAGAAUCUUAAGAAGUUCUUUGCUUUCCAGUGGGGCAGGGAGUCUUUUCUGGCGGCUAUUAGAACGAUGUUGCCAGGCCCGAAGGUAAUGGGGAAGUGCGAGGACCCCAAUGGUGAUUUCUGUAAGAAGCUCAGACAAAAGACUGUCAGAUUAUUGGGUUUCCCCCAGGCUCUUCAGUUGGUUGCUUUCGAGGUGAUCCCACGACUUCUUGUCCAGGCAGGUGGCGAUGAUAGUGUAACGCUGAUGAAUUUUCCUGGGAAGGUUUUGCCUCAACACUCCGGUCUGAAUGUCUGUGAUUUGCGGGAAGCUGAGCAUGAUCCCGCGCUGAUAGUACAGCCAAUGAUGGAGAUAAGUGGGGUUCACGAGGAGCGGUGGGGAGUUUGGGAUGACGAGAAGUAUGAUAAGAAGGUGGAUUAUUUGACGGGCCUGAUCAGGGAAGGGCAUGUGUUUAGCAAGUCCGACUGGGGUGGUGGCGAUUCUGGUGGACCUUUGUUUGUUUACGGGAAGAAAAAUGACAAAAAGCGGAAGGGAAAAGCUGUUGGUGGGGUCACGGCAGGGCCGGUUCUAAAACAGAGACGGCUCAGUGGCUAUUUCAAGCGGGAAAUAAUGGUGGAUGGGGAAGAACACGCUAGGAUGGUAUCGCGGGUGGAGGAACUGGGCACUGAGGUGCUUAGGCUGAAAGAGGUCGUUGAAAAACAGGGAAGGCAGUUUGUAAAAUGGAAGACUUUCAUGAAGGGGAAGAGUGCAGCGAAGAAGUUUGGUAGUGUGAGAAGGAGAGAUAAGAGGAAAACCGACGGCGGAGCUAGGGAUGGCACAGAGGAUUUUUAUAGUGAUGGGGGCGGGGCUGGUUACCGAAAAGAACAAAUGAGUGGGGAGAUUGGAGAAGACGAUUUUUCACGAGAAGAAGGUGCGAGGACAUCGUCGGAGGAGCGGCCGGCUUUGUUGGUAAGGAUGAAAGAAGGCGACGGGGUCCCGUUGCAAUGGGUCGAACCAGAUAGCGGGGAUAAUGUUCUCUAUCGUGCCUUGACCUCGCAAACUUACUUCGUCAGUGAGGAGGAGGGUAGCAGCGUUGACGGAGGUAGACGGGAUGAUGGAGGACAGGGCGACGGUUUAGACGAAAAAGGAUUGAAAACAUUGAAUGCUUUGGUUGAGGAUGUGGUGAAAGAUGCGACUGUUGAUGGUGGACACUGCAAAGGUCAGACGGGGAAAACAGGUGCGAGUGUCCGAAUCAACGACGGGGAUGAAACAGAGCGAGAGGUAUAGUGACGUGGACAAUCC